AUGACGCUCACAGAAACUACAACCCAAGCAGCCCUGGAAACAAAUGAAGAUUUAAGAAUUCAAGAACUUUUUGCCGCCUCACAAAAAUUAUUGAAUCAAUCACAACCUUCGAAUCCUAACAACAAUAAUAAUCCUAUUAGCACAAACCUUACAACGACUGAUACUCCUACAACCUCUGCCUUUUCUAUGCACCCAGAAAUAAUAUCACAAGAUAGAAAUCAACCAAAACCAAGAAAAAAUUCAAAAAAAAAAAAUGUUGACAACUAUAAUUUUGGUGACGCUUCUGAUUACUCAUUACCCGUAUCCAAUAACGGUUCAACUCCAUCUUUAAUUAGUAUGACAGGUAUACCACCUUCACCUCCUACUAUGAACCCAAUAAAUUUAAAUAACAAUGGCAAUAAUAUAUCAUCAUCAUCAAAUAUUCCUCAUAAUAUGACUUCAAAUAAUAAUAAAAGUGAUCGUGUUAAAUCAUCAUCAUCACAUCGUGAAAGAGCUGAUAUUAAUAAAGAUAUACCAACUGGUCCACCAGAAUUAAUUAGAGAUCCAACAACAGAAUCAUUUUCAUCUCACGCAUAUGGUUGGCCUAUUUUGUUUGCUGUCAUACCUCCAAUGGGUGCUCUUAUUUUUGGUAAAUCUGAUAUUUGGAGCGAUUUUCUUUUAUUGCUUUUAAUCGCAUUCUAUCUUUAUAAUAUCAUCAAAGUACCUUGGGAACUUUAUUAUGCUGCUAGAUCUAGACGUGUAAUAAACGAAAGUACGACUCAAGAUCAAGCAUUAGAUCCAACUCAAGAAGCCAUCAAAAAUCGAGCAAUCAAAGAACUUCAACGUCAAGAAUUAUAUGCUUUAAUACUUGUCGUCGCCUCCCCAAUCAUCGGUGGUUAUACAUUACAUGGUGCAAAAAUGUAUAUGACUGACUAUGACAAAUACAUUUCUCAUUUUAAUAUUGUGUUGUUCGUUUUUGCUGCUGGUAUUAGGCCUUUAAUGCAUAUAGCCAAUUUAGCAAAAAAUAGAACUUUACACCUUCAAGAACAAGUCCAUUAUCCUAGUACAGAAGUUGAAUUGUUGAAAAGACGUGUCCAACAUUUAGAAUAUGAAUUUUCACAACUACGUAAAGGUUUAGCAACAAAACGUGAUAUACUCAAUGUCAAAGAUGGAUUUGAACCAUCGAUUUCCCAACUGAACAAGGCGGUUAGAAGAUAUGAAAAGAAAGAACAAUACUUGCGUAAUUAUUCUGAGGAAAGAUUUUCUUAUCUCGAAUCAAAAUUACUUGAAUAUGACAAUUUCAUUGCUUAUAAACUGCAAGAAGAGCAAGCAAUGAUUUUGCCACGUAGUAUGAAGCAGGUAGUUACCCUGCCAGUAAAUGUCACUUUAACAGCGUUUAGUUAUGCAAAAUAUUUUUUGCCUAGAUCUCUAAGAGAAAAUAUUCAACAAAAUGAUUUGACUUCUGGAAUUUUACAAAAAUAUUAA